UAUAUUUAUUAUCUGUUGCAUACGGUGAUAGAGUGAGUGACUUGACUCCGUAGUCCGUUUCCUUUUAUUGAUUUUAAUAGCAGAGAAAAUAAAACGAGUGUACAUUUCUUUCUAAUAUAAUAUUUAUAAAAUAAACUGUUUCAACAACUUGUUGAUAAAAGUGCUUACAGGAAAAGGAAUUAUGAGAGUCCAAACAAAAAUCAAGUUGCUACCCUGACCCUCCGUCAAGUGAAACAGAUUUGCAAGAUUUCGACGAACGCUGUUCGUAAUUUUAUUGCGCUUGAACUAGGAAUAUUAUUACAUCUGCAAGUACGAUCGAUUAUGAAGAUCGAUUUUAGUGCUCUUCACGUGGUACGUUUUAGCUAGUGCAAAUACCAGCAGUAAGACGAUUUGAAGAAAGUCGGCUUUUUGUAUGGCUUUACGUGGUAUAGUCAUACAUUUCGAGUAACUACUGCUGCUCUUUUACCGGAUUGUAGAAGCAUUCAAUGAUACGAGAAUUCUAUGACAGUUCUGAUGAAGAUGAUAGGGAAAGUCAGUAUCAAAUAGAUCCAGAAUGCUUGGUGCUGACUCGGCCUGACUGCGACAUGCAUAACCGGUGCUGUGGUGGUAAAGCUUGGUGUAUUAGGGAUAUUUGCGGAAUCAUAUGUGCGGUCCUAACAUGGCUUUUGAUACUAUACGCAGAGUUUGUGGUAAUGAUGGUGAUGCUUCUACCUGGCGUCUCAACAUACCCAGUCUACAGUUACAUAAAUAUAUUCAUCUUCCAAAGCCUGGCAUUUUUAGCCUUUGCAUCACACCUUAGGACUAUGUUCACAGAUCCGGGUGCUGUACCUAAAGGCAAUGCCACAAAGGAAAUGAUCAAACAGAUGAGUUUCCGAGAAGGUCAGGUGAUAUUCAAAUGUACUAAGUGCUGCAGCAUUAAGCCGGAGCGAGCCCAUCACUGUUCAGUGUGUCAACGAUGUAUCAGGAAGAUGGAUCACCAUUGCCCAUGGGUCAACAACUGCGUCGGUGAAAAUAAUCAAAAAUAUUUUGUUUUGUUUACGUUCUACAUAGCGGCAAUAUCAAUCCACGCGGUGGGUUUAGCAGUGUACCAGUUCGUGACGUGCAUUCGUCACGAGUGGCGUGACUGCAGUGCGUACUCCCCGCCGGCCACCGUCGUACUUCUACUGUUUUUGAUCGCCGAAGCUCUGCUGUUUGCUAUCUUCACCGCUGUCAUGCUUGGGACACAGCUGCACGCUAUAUGGAACGAUGAAACUGGUAUUGAGCAGCUGAAGAAAGAGCAAGCCCGAUGGGUUCGCAAGUCUCGAUGGAAGAGCAUACAGUCAGUGUUCGGAAGAUUCUCUAUCCUUUGGUUCUCGCCAUUCACUCAGCCUUCGCCUAAGACGAAACUGGAGAGCUACUUGUACAGUGUUUAGAUAUGGUAUCGUAGGAACAACGCAUUCACUCAUAUAGACCGAGAGCCUGCCCCUUUCAGGUUUACCCCAUAGUAUACAACCCGUGCAUGGCUCAUUGGAUUGAGGAAAAUAUGAAAUCUAAUCCAACUCACUAUUUAUUACUGUUGUAAACUAUUUUUUAACCGAUUUUAAAGAACGUUCAUUUUACAUGUUGCUAUUUUAGACAAUGACGAUGAAUUUCUAUGACGUCAUUGCAUUACAAUUUUCAGGUUGCAUACUAUGAGGUAAUCCUGACAGACAGGUUCACGAUACAGUAGUAUCAUUAGAUGCAUGCAUACUCACGUUUCCAUGUAUUAUAAUUUAUAAUCAUCGUAGCUAUCACUUAUAAAUCAAUUUUAAUAUUCUGGCCAAGUAACUCUUGGCGACACCGAUAGGAUGGUGGCUUCCAAGACCAACAUUUGAAAAUUCUUAUUUAAAUAAUUAGUCAUUCUUGUCGCACUAUGAUUGACUAUGACUGACAACGGAAUUUGUAGAGUGUAUAGAUAGUUAGGAAACCAAACGUCUGCAUUUACUAAUUUAAUUGUUACAAAUAUUUAUCACAAAUGUCUGAAUACGUGUGAGAAAUAUCCUGAAUUACAUAGUUAAUUAAGUAAUUAUAGCAACUGCGUAAAUAUUGAAAGAGUAACGCACGAGUUAGGGUUAUUCCCAUAGUAGUUGAGGCAUGUAUAGAUAUAACAAAUAUAAACACAUGUCUAACAAUACGCUUAUGUCUGUCUCGUACGGAAACAUACUAAAUUAUACCAUUUAAUCGUAGGCCUCGAUGUUGUACUAAAUUUUUGGAUAAAUAGUAAUAUUGUUUAUCAAGAUCAUCAUAGAUCUCUUUAAAUAUAAUAAUAGUUCUUGUGCUAUGAUAAAAGUUCAAAUCACAAAUUAUUAAUUAAGUUAGCAUACAUCUAUGCAAUAAAAUUAAUGCUUUAUCUUUCUUAAAAUAUUUGCUGAGUGUUGUAACAAAGUUACUAUACGAGUUAGGUCUAAGGUAAGACCAAUGCUUGACAUGUAGAUCUCUCUAACCUGUAACGUUCGGACGAAGUUGGUUUAUUCAGACUGCUCCUGUUGAUUCCAUAAAGUUUUCAAAUAAACUAUUGUUAUUGCGUAAUCAUGAUUGGUUGGAUUGUGAUUGUAUUUAUUUCGUUGUAAUUAUUGAGUUCAAUAUUUUUUUUUGUUAUGUAAGUGUAUUCAGGCGAGCGGUACUUUGUUGAUGGCAUCAACUGCCUGGCGUACUAACAAUGUAGCCACUGUAUGUAAAGUAUCAUGACGACUAAUAAAAGUAUUUUGUCCGUCUUUUACAGUACUCUAAAUUGUACAUGUAUUUUUCUUCUGUUUAUCAAACUAAUAACAACGAAGUUACAGCGUAUGACUUUGUGGUCACUUUUAUUGAACUGAUGAAAGACUUGCUUUGAAACAUCAAAAUCGUCUUAUCUCACAGCUUUCCCACAAAUGGUUGUCUCGUAUCUAUUAAAAUACAAGCAAUGACUUGUGCCGCGCUAUAACUAUUACUAAUAAAAUACGUUAUACGCUAAUAUAUAAUAAUUAAAAUAAUUAUACGCUUCAGCACGACUGCGUCGAAUCGCGAUUGCCGUUCGCCAAUGUGCGUUUAUAUGUAGGGAUGACGAAACAUCCCUUGCUGUACCGUGCUGCCAAUGGCCGUCAAACACAACUUACUCAACAAAAGAACAUUCGAAUUGAGAACCUCUUGUUUUUGAAGUUGGUUGAAAAAUACGUGUCUUUUGCUAAUCUAAAAGACGGCUACUCUGGUCUCCGUCAACGAGGUGUCGCUCGCCUGUUUAAUCACUCAAUGCGGAGUUUAAUUCUUAAGUGUAGGCUAACUGUGGCCGUGGGAACAAACAACUUGAUAGUUAUACAUACUUUAUUUCUUGGUUUUUGGGGAAAUGAAUUAUGGUCUAUCCCUGCACAUCAGUAUCGUGGAACAACAUACAAAAAUUAUCUACGAAUUUAAUCACACAUGUUCGCGCCUGUGCUGGCAACGGCGCGGCACAGUUUCCAAUAUUCUGUCCAUGUGUUGAUUGGUUUCCAGAGAUAGGAAUUUGUACAUUACAUACUUGUAUGGGACUUGUCAAAUUUGUAUCUCUAGUAAGCAAAAUAAAACCAAGAUAGAUUGUUGGGAACGGUACUCGAUACUGAUAUGUGGGGGCACACCCUUACAAGUGAACACUAGGUUGCAGCACAGUUGUGAUAUUUUAAGUCUAAUCUAAUUUAUCAUCUUUAAGUAAAAUAUCAAUGAACUGGCUAUAGAGCAAUAGUGACUUCGUAUUAUCAACAACGAUAGACUUGUUAUAACUAUUUGUAGGAUGUUUGGUGUAUAAAUUAUUUGAACAAACGUCCUUUUGAUGCGUUUGUUGUGAUUUCAUUUUAAUGUAUGUAGUUCCGGAAUAGCUUGUACCAGAUGAUUUUUUAGCAAUACAGUGAUCAAUGCUAGGAAUUGUAUUGAUUGUCGACUGCAUAAUAUCGUAGAUGUAAGGUCUCUUCGUGGUUCGUAGCUAACGGACAAUUGUCAUCGCAAUAAUCAAGUGCUGUUUACAUGUAUUAUUUGUUAUUAAUUAUUAUAUGUUAGCUAAGACGUUCAUUUUGGGAAACAAAUCUCUGAUGGCUUUAAGAUUGUUUAAAUGUUUGAUGAAAUGCUUGGCGCUGACAAUAAAUGUCUCAAUAAAAUAUUUUUUUAAAUCGUGGUCAAAUUAUAAAUUGAUUUUUCAGUGAUAAAUGUUGUAGUCGUCGUCGCUAGUGAUAUUUUAACAUGUUUUUAAACGCCCUUCUAAUUAUGAUCCGCAAUUUUUUAUUUGAUUCGUAUGACUCGCUCGAUUGUUCUCAAAAUCGAAGCUGAUAUCACAAUAUUGGUAUUUUCGGUACCCAAUGUCACGGUACAUAAACAUUUUAAUUAUUUAUUCUUAUGAAAUAUUUGUUAUGAUGCUAAAUAUGCAUGUUUUAUUUGUGUUGCAACGUGAAUCACAUUUUAAGGUUUACUGAUCAGUUUUUUUAAUCAAGUUACAUUUUAAAGGCUCAUCCUUGAACGAAAAUAGAUUUGGGUAGACAAUGUCCAAGCUUUCCCGUCGCCGUCUUUCGUGAUCUCAAGAUCUUUUCAAGCGCCCGUGGUUUAACUGUAAAAAUGUUCAUUUCGCGUGAUAUCACACCUUAUAACAGAGUAUCGUGUUAAAAGGCUAUCAUUCUCUUUAUUAAUAAAUUCUCAAGCAAUUCCAUCUGUCUGUUUGCACUCAUUUUACGUGUUUCUUGACCGAUUUUAAUGAAAUUGUGGGCAACAGCUUCCUUUGUUAUGCGAUUGUUUGAUGUAAAUGCAGCCUCUCAGUUUUAUUAUAUCCAUGAAUUUAAAUAAUCGUGCGACCAUAUGAUUUCAUAGUUUACGGCCGGCUAGGAUAUGGUGGAAAGCAGUCUAGUACAUUUAUAUAAUAUCUAAAAACACAAGUCAUCGCUCCGGCGAGUCUCCGUCAGCCCUUAGUUUAAUUACGAUAGCUUUGAAGAUCAGUCAUUAUACAACAUUUGCGGGUGUGUCAUUAUUACUUAAAACAUAUUUAUUAACUUUCGGCUUAGGUACGUCAUUGUGUUAGUAAUGUAAAAGACCUGUGUUAUUUUAGCUACAUAUUUCGUAUUCGAAAAUAUUUUAGGAAUGUAAGUUUUAUUCUUUGUAUCCAGUGAAAGCAAAAUAAUGAAAUCUACGAGUAAUGCAGUUUUUAGCAAUAAUCCAAUUAAUUAUAUUUUUUUAAUUAUUGGAUAUUUUAAUCACUAAGUGUUUUGUAUAAUGUAUACACUGUAUGUGCGUUUUAAUUUAGUUUUAUGUGAAAUUUCAUGUUUAAAUGAUGCGCUGCCGCUGUGUGAUGAAAACCUAGUGAUUUAAAUGAAAUAAUGUGUGAGACGCAACACGCUAAACACAGAAAACAGCCUUGAACACAGAAUGAUCGGUACUGACAUUGUGUCUUAUUUAACUAAAUAAUAAGUAAUAGAAUAUUACAUUCAAAGUAGCUACAGGACUCUGGUUAUAUUGCGGUUCAAUAGAAUUCUAAUUAUGGUCUGUCAGACCAAAGCUUAAACGUUGACACCAAAUAGUCCGCAGUAGAAUUAUUCGUCAUUAAAUUUAGAAUCCUUACACGACAUUUACUAGGAUAUUAAGAGUAGAUAAAAGAGCUGUUACGACCAUACGCACUAGACUCGCUCUAGUUUAGUAGCCACACUGUCUAGUGUCGGUAGAAAUAAAUUGGACCAUCUAAACACAGGCAUACUAACAAACAGACUUAUAACGUCAGAAAAGGCUUCUAAACAUAUUAACGAAGCCCACAGAAUGAAUAGUUAUAAAGCUAUUACAUUAGCUUAUCUUCCUCAGGUGGUAAGAUUGGCGUAGCAUAUAUUUUUUCUAUUUUCGUAUUCAUGUUUCACAAUUUGAUCUACAUAUUUAUAAUUGCAUUGUGGCGACAUUUUGAACAAAUUAGCUUCUUAGUAAUUGACCUUAUCAAGUAUUAUUAUAAUACUUCUUAAAAGAAACAGAUUGUUUGUAUGAAACUUCUUAAAUCCCGAUCUGUUAUUUUUGUAAAGUUUCAAGGAACGCGUUCCGAUUACUCGUAAUACUUAAUUAUGUAAUCUUUAUAUAUAACACCAAGAUUUAAGUUACGGCUGCGAAUUGGAUAAGUUAUAGAAGGAUAUAGUGUCUCUCAUGAUAUUACAAUAUUUAACUAUAAUAUGGAUAUAUUAUUAUCUGGUUGUUGGUAAAGUUUUACUCAGGUGUAACAGAAUAUACAAAUUUUCAACAUUGUGCCUCUUUAAAAAGCUAACUCUCAUAAAAUAAAUAUACAUUAUUUUUAUAGUAGUACAGUUGGUAGUUGGUUCACUAGAAUGUUGUGAGACGACCACGCUCACCGGACGAAGUAAUUAAACGAAGUCAUAUCUAGUACAUUUUCACUUGUAAUAUAGCAUCAUCGGCGACUUUGUGAAGGCCCUUGCACCACUACAUACCAAGUUGUUUUCAUUUGUUUUGUUGUUAAAGAUAUUUUGUGUUGCUUGGGUUAUGUUGGUGUUAUAGAAGUAAAUGUAUUUAGAUUCUAAUAUAAUGAUCACGUUGUGAUAACGCCGUCGACCACUUGUCCAGUAUUAAUAUUUGUUUCUAACUCUAGCCAAUAGUAAGCACGGUGCAAGAAGGCCUAAAUAUUUAUUUAUGUCUUGUUGCUUUUAUAUCAUUAAGCUAUUACACUAAGCAUAAAUACAUGAUAUAUUUUUUCAAUCGUAUUAAUGAUAUUUACGUAGAGUCUAGUAAGGAACAUUUUGUUUUGUGUGUAGGUUGAGGUAUUGGGUGAUGGAACAACUUGUCGUGUAUUGUACUAAUAGAUCCCGCACGCGUGUGGUUAGUGCAAUUCCAAUUCCCUUGACCUAUUGUGUGUCGAGUGUCGGCUGGCCGCGACGACAAUACGCUAACGUCGAAGUUAUUCUGUGCCCAAUUUGACGAUGUUUAUCUAGAUAAACGUCGUCCGCUAGCGGUCACCUCGCCUGCACCUAGGUUGAUCUGCAUCCCAUAGUCCGGUAGAAUUCAAUCAUGUAGUUUUAUGUCAACUCAACUGUUUAAGUCGAAUCUACGCUAUCUUUCUCAAUCUAUCACCGUAUGUGACAGUCGCAAUUUGUAUUCACCUUAAUUGAUUAAACUCCUAUAUUUUUUGAUUCUAUUGCUUUACUGAACAAAAUUUAUAACCAUAUUUUUUUCCAGCAAGUUCUAUUUAGGUAUUCCAAGAUUUCCAUGCAUGUUUUCUAAAAAUCAUUUAUCGGAAAUCAUAAAAGUUGCUUGGUUGCACUUUCCUCAAUGUUCAUAAAAAUCUCUCAAGACAGAAAUAAUUUUGUUAGUAAGUUAAUACAUCUGUACCUGCCGUGCGAGUAAGCUAUUGAUUUUCGCAGUAUUGCGAACAAAACGUGUAAAGCGAAUGUGGGUCAACAUUAAAUCGAACAUUCAUAAAGAAAGACGUAGAGUAGAAUCGACUAGUAUAGAGUACCUAACAUAGUAAUAUUGCCACUGCCUUUAGUAAACGAAAAUUAUGUAUUUUGCUGUAAUUCAGAUAAAUAUCUGUUAAUUCGAAAUAACUUACAAUAUUUUGAUAAAAGACAUAAAUGCAUUACAAAUAAUAUUAGUAAUUUAAUUGCUAAUUACAAACAUUCUAAAAUAAUGUAGAUCUAAAAUAGUAAACCAUUUUGAAAUAUCCUAGUGUCCUAAAUGUCAUUUUGUCUAUAAUUAUAAUAAGUUUUCGAGGGAAUUUAUUUUCAUUAAAGAUAAUAAUGUGGGAUGA